AUGGAUCCCCAAGAUUUACUAGACUCAUUUAGAUAAAAUUACUAUUUGGGUAACUUUAGCAAAAUUUUAGAUAAAUGGAAUUAGACAGAUGACUCAUAAUUUGGAUAACAUCUUUAAUAAAUUAAUUUUUUUGUCGCUCGUGCAAUUAAAUUCCACAAAUAAUAUUCACCAAAACAUCAAGUUUAAUUUACAAAGUAACCUUCUUAGCAGUUGCUAGCUGUAGCUCAAGCUGUGAAUGAGUAUCUUACUCCUUUGGUUACAAGCUCUAGUGAGUCAUUUUAGUAACUAGAAUAAAGCUUUAGAAUUAUGACUUAAAAAAUGAAUGAAAUAUAUUAAUAAAAUGGAUAAAAUAUAUAUUCUCUUAUUAUAUGUUGCUAUCUCGGCUUAGCUGGUAAUGAUUUAACCUUCUUUACCUCUAAUGAAGCUAAAUUCAGAGAAAAUUAUGAACUUCUUUACCUUUAUAUUCUUAUUCUUCUUAAAAACGCUAAGAUUGAAUAGGCAGAUGUAAAACUUUAAGAAAUGAGAAAAAUGAACGAUGAAGAUGUGCUCACUCUUUUGGCUACUGUUCACAUUUUAAUGGCCAAAGAAAAAUAUAAUGAUGCUAUUAAGUAUAUUGAUGAAAUAAAAGAAAGAUUUGGUGAUUCAACUAAAUUAGUUAAUAUAAAAAUUAGUUGCUAUAUGCAAUAGCAAAAGUGGUCAGAAGCUUUUACUUUAGCUGAAAAACUAUUGCAAGUUAUGAACUCAAAGGAUGAAUUAUAUGAUAAGCAAGAACUUGAAGUUUGUUUAAGCAAUUUAAUCAUCUUAGGCGAAAUAUUAGAUAAAUCUAAUCCAGAUUACUACACAUAACUUAGUUAAAUUAACCAAAAUGCUCCAUUUAUCAAAAAAUUCACUGAAAUGAGUGAAAGCUACUAGGAAAUGAGUACAAAGCUUUCUUUAAAAUGA